CUUUCUGCAGUUUCUUUCUUCAUGCGUAAAACUAAUCUCACAUCACCCUUCUCCAUUUAUUAACUUGAAUAGCUUGACAAUUUUUCCAAAGAAAGUAUCGUGGGGUGUUCCAAAAGAGACGGUAAUUAAGUCUGAUAAAGUCGAACGCUAUCUACAAGAUGGUUCUCCUGGGGCCACCUUCUUGAUUACCUUACGUGAGGAGAUUAAAGCAGAAAAAGAUAUCGCGCAUUUAUGGGUGCUUCUGCGAGAAGCAAAAGCUAAUAUCAAGACUAGCCAGACAGAUAUGGGCCAAUCAGUAGAAACACUACCAUUAUUAAUGGAUGAGACAAUUAACAGUCAUAAACAAGCAGGCAGGAAGAAGUCACGAGCAGGCAGGAAGAAGUUACGGGCAGGCAGGAAGAAGUCACGAGCAGGCAGGAAGAAGUCACAAGCAGGCAGGAAGAAGUCUCGAAAAUUCAGGGAAAGCGUGGCCCGGAUCCAGAGCUGUUGGAAUGAUCUCAUAUCCCAUGUUGUGCAAGGGAAAAAAGUGGUGUUUUCCAUCAAUUCGGAGUUGUUGGAGUUUGAAAAACUACUCAUGAAGCUGCCUCCUAAAAAGAGAUCUUUAUUUCAACCAUCUUUUUCUAGUCUUUGUGCAGAGACCAAUUCUUUGAAGAACGAAAUAGCACAUAGUAUGAAGAUGCAAUUUAAUGCUACGGUGAUGCAGUCGAUUUAUUAUAGGAAGUGAUAUUAGUACCACAAUAAUUGUAGUUUACCACAAUUAUGCAUCAACUGCAUGUACAGUGUGUUGUAAUACUUCUAGUGGUAAAUUAAUCAAAUUGUGUGGACAAAUAUCACUUACCAUUUAUUAUUAGCAA